CAAGAAAAAGAAGGAAGCUGCUCAAAAAAAGGCCAUUGAACAAAAAAUCAAAGUGCCAGAACAAACAAAGACCAGUGUAAGCCAGCCUCAGCCCGUCCCCUCUAACGGCACUUCCCCAGCAACCAGCACUAAUAAUAAUGCCAAGCGGGCCACAGCCAGCAAUCAGCAGCAGACCUUGCCUCGAUACCCUCCUCGUGAAGUACCACCACGAUUUCGACACCAGGAACAGAAACAGCUUUUGAAGCGAGGUCAGCAGUUACCAGUGAUAGCUGCAAACCUGGGAUCCACUCCUAAAGUAUUAAACAGCCAAUCAGGAGGCAGCGCUGUCACAAGUAAACAGCCAGUGACCAACGGAGAAGUGCCGAACAGCAGCAGCAAAAAACAGUCAGGCAUGCCUCCCAUUCGGGACUUGGUCAGCCAUUCCCCUAACCAGUCAGAUCUGAACCACAGUGGUCUAGGAUCCCAUUAUGAAAAUUCUCACUGGGGACCAGUCUCUUCAAAUAGUGACUCCAGCACAAACUGGGAUAAAGUUAUCGUAGACGGUUCUGACAAAGUAGCAUGGCCAUCAAUCACAGGCAGUGACCCAGAGUUGGCUUCAGAAUGUAUGGACACUGACUCCGCCUCUAGCUCUGGGUCAGAGAGAAAUCUUGUUGUUAUGGCUUCAGGGAGCACAGGUGGUGAAAACGAUAGCGUUCGGAAUGGCAUUGGACAUGGUUCUCAAAAUAAGUUUGUGGUUGGUAGCAACAGCAAUAAUGUGGGCAAUGGAAGUAUUAAUGGGCCAUGGGGUUUAUCCCAUGGAACCAUAAUAAGCACAUGUCAAGUUUCUGUGGAUGCUCCUGACAGCAAAUCUGAAAGUAGCAACAAUAGAAUGAAUGCUUGGGGCACCAUAAACUCUUCAUCAAAUGGAGGGUUAAAUCCAAGCACUUUGAAUUCAAAUGGCAACCAUGGUGCCUGGCCUGUAUUGGAGAACAAUGGACAUGCCCUGAAAGGGUCUGUAGGGAGUGGUAAUUCUGGCACAAAUAUUCAGUGCAGUACCAUAGGUCAGAAGUCUAACAAUCAGAGUAUUAACUCUAAAGUGGGUGGUUCAGCCCAUGGUUCCUGGGCAAGCCUUCAGGAAAAUUGUGAUUCUGAAGUGAAUGGUACAAGGAAGGUUUCAUUCAGUGGACAACCUCAAAACCUUAACACUGAAAUGAAUGGACCAAAUAACACUACUAACUUUAUGACCUCUAGUUUACCAAACUCUGCUGGUUCAGUACAGAUUAACAAACUGCCUAAUAAUACAGGGCCUGGGGCCUGGCGUGUGAGCACAAUGAAUCAUUCUCAGAUUCAGGCCUCUCCAGUUACAAAUGGCACUUCCACUUCUCAUCUUAGCAAUGGUGAGGCAAAAAAUGGUGGAUCUUAUGGUACUACGUGGGCUGCCUAUGGUUCUAAUUACUCUGGAGACAAAUGUUCAGGCCCAAACAGCCAAGCUAAUGGUGACACUGUGAAUGCAACUCUAACGCAGCCUGGCAGCAAUGGGCCUGGCAGCACUAAUUUUCAAAUCAACGGGAAUAAAGGAGGAGGGGUAUGGGAGGGAGGGACAGUCAACUCCCAAAAUAUGCCAUGGGGAAGCGCAAAUGGUGCGAGUUCUGGAGGAAGUCGAAGAGGAUGGGGCAACCCUGCACAAAACACUGGCACUAGCAUUUCAAAUGGGGAAUGGAAUAAACUGCCUAGCAAUCAGCAUUCCAAUGAAAGCGUAAAUGGAAAUAGUAGGAAGUUUACAAAUGGAUGGAAAUCUGCUGAAGAGGAUGAUCUUAAUAGCCAGAAUUCUGCUGCAUCUCAGAUAACUGAGCAGAAAAAUGUAUGGGCCAAAACAGGUACUGGGGAUAGCGAGGGUAGUACAGAGAGCACUGGAUGCCAUGAUGAUAAAGUAACUGCAGAAGGACAGAACCGAGAGAGAAGAAAAGUUGACCAGCAUGCAUUACUCCAAAGUAUAGUGAGCAGAACUGACUUAGAUCCACGUGUCCUUUCCAACUCUGGUUGGGGACAGACUCCAAUUAAACAAAACACUGCCUGGGAUACUGAAACAUCGCCAAGAGGUGAAAGAAAGACUGACAAUGGGACAGAGGCCUGGGGAGGCUCUGUGACACAGACUUCCAGCUCAGGGGGAUGUGUGGAGAGACCUAGCCCUAAUGUUAAUGAUACCUCAUCUAUAUCAGGGUGGGGAGAUCCAAAGUCUGCUACAAGGUGGGGAGACUCCAAAGGCUCCAACAGCCAAGGGGGGUGGGAAGAGGAUUCUGCUGCUACAGUAAUGGUCAAGAGCAAUCAAUUAUGGGUAAGUGGCAAAGAGGACAAGUCGUCCUGGAAUGAUACACAGAAGAUCAAACAGGGAUGGGUAGAUGGACAAAAAGCCAGCCAAGGUUGGGCAAUUUCUGCCAAUGACAGCUGGGGAGAAAAUUCAAGAAGCAACCAUUGGGGUGAGGCUAAGAAAUCUAGUUCAGGAGGUAGUGACAGUGACCGA